AUGCUUCGACGAGGGUUUGCUGCUAUGAAACAGAGCUCCGCCACCAUCCUCUUUACGGGCCGUGGGACGUUGUACUUUUUGCACAAGGAUGUUUAUGAGCUGCUCGGUGGCAAGGAAAGUGUGGGUCAGUACACUAUAUGCAUUGAUGCCGAUGAAGAAGAGAAUGAAGCGCAUUCUUGCCUUUAUUCUAUCAUUUUGUACGAAUAUGAGGAAGAAGUGCUACGCCAGCCCAUUGGAAACGGGCUCACCCUCGCCUACUCCGAGGUUUCUGUGCACUGGUCUGCUUUCAUCGACGGUAAAUUACAGCCUAUAGCAUUUUUGUUUGUGGACCAGGAGCCUAAGGUGAAGGCUGCUGUCCUUUUAGAACAUUUUGUGUGUAUUUACAAUCGGUGUACAUACGCCCUCAUGACCGGAACUUCUGUGGAAAGGACCAAUCCAGAAGAUGAGAGCUAUGAAUACUUGUCGGCCAUUGCAUCGUCGCGGUUGCCAGGGGACACGUUUGAGGAGCCCAUGUAUGAGCUGGAUGUGUCUCAUGAAUGGGCAAACGCCACUGGCAGGGGCAAUGUGUGUUGCGCAGAAUCAAAACGGUUUGAUCGGGCACUGGUGGUGCGUAGAGAGCGGAACGCGGUUGAAUUUCAGGCGCAUGCCUUUGGCGCAGAUGGAUUUGAAAGCAGGGAUCCGGAAAGGUUUCAGCUUGGGGAGGUUUCCACAUACGACAGUGCAUUACUGGACGACACCGAGAGGAAAAUGCUGCUCCUGAGUGUGGACAAGAAUCAAUUACACCAGGUGGACUUGGAGUAUGGCAAGAUUGUGGAAGAGUACGAGC